CUGAAGCUGGAAGAAUGCAUGGAAAAAUUAAAAGAAGAACAAAGAACCAGAGUAAAGGCUGAGAAACGGAUAAUGGAGCUGGCAGAUGAAAAUGCAAGAUUAAGGCAUCUAAAUGUCUCCCUAUCUGAGUCUCUUCAUGCACAGUCAGCAACCAACAGGAUUUUGGAAGAUGAAAGUGUUCUAGGCAGCAUUGAGAACUCCUUCAAAAAGUUUCAUGCUUUUUUAGACCUCCUUAAGGAUGCCGGACUUGGACAACUUGCUGCAUUAGCUGGGAUAGACAAAUCAGAUUUUGGUCUUUUGGGACACCCACAAAUGAAUUCUGCUCUUAGUAUGCCUACUGGCGUGCUAAAGGAGAAGUCUUUUGAAGAGGAAAGACAAGAGCAUACCCAGAAUAGCAAAAACAGAGCUGGAGACAUCGAAGUUUCUCUUCCUGGUAUGUUCCAAUCCCAGAUGGUUGUGGAUGAUGCCUUCUCUCCUCUUAGAGAAAUGCAAGAGCUUCCUCUUGCUGGGCAGCAGUAUCAGCCAGCCUCAUGGAAUGAAAAUGAAGCUCAAACUAUGAACCAAAAUAAAGAGGAUAAGCCUCGACACAGCACUCCAACAUCAUCUGAGAGGAGAGUCAAACAACAUGAACAGGCAAAAGAACAUCAUCACUCAGGAAGACAAUUGGUUACCAGUCUGCAUUCACCUGAUUCCAGUGUACAUGGUAAUAGUAACGGUAGUGGAAUAUCCAGUGGUCCUUCUGGUGAAAAAAGCUAGAAUUGUUCCUUGAAGAAAUGCAUCCCUAGAGCAAAUGAAAUGGCAAUUCCAAGUGAUAGCACAAGAGGAGACCAAAGUGGACUGCAGACAGUAAACCUCUCUGGAACUGAUACUGUAGGAUCUGGCUCUGAAAUACAAGAAAAUAUCCAAAGUGUUGCCAGCAUUUGA